CGUUAUGUCGAAGCUAACGCGAAUUUUGUGUAUCUCUGUUAUCGGUGCGAUACUAUUUCAGCCCGGCAAUUUGAAACCGACACCUGUCAAAAGCCCAACCGAGUACCUGGUUCAGUUAGAAGACAAAGUUUUCUUGACCGUGAGAGACGCCAGGGUCAAGCUGGCUUCUGCAAAAGAGAGGAUCGAUUACGUCGUGGAGGUUGCCCAAAGUUCACUAGAUAGACAGGUGACGCAAUUACAACAACUCGAGAAUUUGGCCAAAUUCGAAGUAGACAAAACGGGCGUGAAAAUCAACGACUGUCUUAAGGCACUUCACGACUCGUUGAGCAAUCUGGAGUUGAAAGGGGUGGAACAAUGCGACUCAUCUGUGGCAGUGGCCCGCUUAAAUGCGGAGCUCCAAACGUUGAUCGUCCUCGCGCAAUUUACAAAAGAAAAAAUGGAAAAAUGCUUGUCGUCCGAAAGCGAGAGGUUUUGUUCCGAAAGCUUAAACUCAGAUAUCCGGAACAAGUUGACCGUGUUCAAGAAAAAACUCAACUCCGAGUUAGGAAUUAUAGAGGGGGACAGUUUUUCCUGCGUGAGGGGAAACUUACUGCUGGCUGAUUCCAAAUUGGACCUUAUCGGCCAUAAGUUUAAGAAUUGCUUCAUUCGGAAAAACGAGGCCAAGAUGGGAGCUUACUAUUAAUUGUUAAUUAAGUGUUCUGAAAGAGCGAAAUUAGGUCCUGAUUUUUUAUUUUUGGAACAAAAUUUUUAAACUGUCAAUUAACAAUAAUAAUAAUUAUAUUAAUAAUUUAUUCAAUUUAUCAAAUUCACAACAAUGUUGACCCCUAAGGAAGGUACAUUCGCAAAAAGGCCUACAAACAAAUGAAAAUAUGCGCGAUACAAAAAUAAAACAUUUGUUGGAUGCACAAUUUGAAGCUAUUUUAAAGCAUACAGCGUCACUUAAAAAGCGUGACGACAAAAACAUACUUUUUUUAAUGGUCCUCCUUAUUUUCUUCAAUUAUUCAAGUUCUUAUUUAAUGAUAAUGCAAUGCAUUUAAAUUUUCCCAUAAAACACUAGUUUUCAAACUUGCACGAUUGAAUUUUGAAUUUUGAUUUUUUUUUUAAUUCACAUUUUAUGCUAAAGUGUGCAGUAAAAUAAACGAAUGUAUUUGGAUAAUUGAGUUUAUAUUUUCCUAAAUAAAUACUAUAAUUUUUUCGAAAAAAUCUUACAACUUAAAUUAUGUCGUAUUUCAUUUUUUUAACUUUUCCAAUAUUUACCUUUUUUUUGCUUCUAAAUAUUGUUAACAAGGCUCUGCUACAAUUGAAAUAUGAACAGGGGAAUACCCUUUUUUGGAGCGGAAAAUAAAGCACCAGACAGUAAUUAGCAAUAUUGGUUAAAAUAAGGUCCAAACUACAAAAAAAAAGCAAAUAAUUCGCUGGUCAACACAAAAUUUGACAUUAAUUUCUAUGUAGUUCUAUAUUUUAAUUAAAAAUAAACCCAUCCAAAU